CAUUGUGCGCGAAGCACGCCAUCUUGCUGAUCUGAGGGUUACUGAGGGAAAAGGCCGUACGGUCCUAAUCUAAUAACAUCCUCUCCGCCACAGAGGAAAAUGGACCACCAAUACGGCGUAGCGGUUACGAACAAAUUUAUGCUCUUCAUCGAUGAAGAUGAAGAUCCAUUGGAGAUUCUGUCGAGGCAGGAGGAACUAGCCAAGACGAAGAAGAAAGAUGAAGGCGACAAGAAAACGUCAAAAACGAAGGUGAAGAAGGCAUCGGCUCCAGAGCCUAAAUCAAAGACUCCUGAGCAGCCUGCUGCAAAGAAAGAGGACAAGCCCCUUCCUUCACGUCAAAACGACCGUGGUCGUGGUGGAAGAAACCGUGAACCAAGAGAAAUUCGUGAUAAUGAUGGCGAGAGACGACCGCAGUGGCGCCAAGGACUGAAGGACAAUCGUGAUGUCCGUGUGGGGGAUGAAAAUGUCCCGCCUGAAUUCAGGGAAAGGCCAGAUGGUUUUCGCAGAAGAGAGGACCGUGGGGACAGAGAAGGUGGAUUUGGCGGCGAAAGAGGACGUGGACGUGGAAGAGGCAGAGGUAGAGGAGGUCGCGGCGGCGAACGAGGUGGUGGCUUUGGUGGACCAAGAGGAGGCUUUGGAGGCGAGAGGAAGAGGGAAUUCGAUCGCCACAGUGCAUCAGAUAGGACGGGUGUCAAGCCUACGGAGAAGAGGGAUGGUGGAGGUGCACACAAUUGGGGAAGCUUCAAGGAUGAUCUUGAGGAGCAAGAUCAGCAGAACGAGUCUACUGACUGGACUAACCAGCAGGAGCCCACCGCUGAGGCUGCUGAAGCUGGUGAGAAUACCGAGGUAGAGCAGGGCCCAAAGGAGGAUCCACAGCCUCAGGAGAUGACUUUGGAUGAAUGGAAACUGUUGCAGUCCCAACAGAGCAAGCCCAAACCUGAGUUCAACAUUCGCCUGGCUGGUGAAGGUGUGGACAGUGGCCAGUGGCAGAAGGGGCGUGAAUAUCACAAGAAGCACGACGAGGAGGAUGAGGAUGAGGAAGAGGAGGAAUCUGAUGAAGAAGAUGAGGAUGAUCGCCAUGGGCGUGGCAAGCAACUGGUGACCGACAUCAGGAUCACCUUCAAUGACAACCCACGUAGAGGACGUGGUAGACAGCGAGGAGGCCGCGGUGGCAUGGAGCGCGGUGGUGGCGCAGACCGUGGAGAUCGUGGCCGUGGAGGCCGGGCCCCAGGAGGUCCCAGAGGCAUGGGCGGAAAGCCCAAGGAGGCAGCGCCUCGCUUCGACGAUGAGUCUGACUUCCCCUCACUUGUCAAGUCGGCAGCUUAAGCUUGAGGAAGGACUUAUAAUGAAAGUCCAUGGGACUUUGCUUCCUUCUUGUUGAUAAGCUGAACUGUACAAUUUCAGUUGUACCAGAGUUGUCCUUUUUUUAAAAAACAUUUUUUACCACAAAGCCUAUAGAAUGUUGUUAAAAAAAAAAAAAUUUCACUUCUGCAGAUUCUUUUGGAUAUGAAACAAUGGUUUCCCUUGUAUAUAGUGGCAUUAAGCUGGCCUCAGUGAUUUGCCACACGACUUGUUGAUACUUUAUUUUGUGAGGUGGCUGUUUAUAAGGCUGUAGGAGUGGAGUCAGUGUAUCAAAAUUAACACUUUGUUGUAGUGACAAGUGCACAGAGACUACUGGUGAAGCCCCUCGUGUACAAAAUGUGUACUGGUGUGGCUCACAGACUUGAUCGGGCUUUCCAACACAGUGCAAGACCUCACAGUACAAGAUGUUCUCCGCUCUAUCCCCCCCUGCCCCAGCAUCAGGUCUUUAUUUAUCAUGCUUAUCAUUUAAUGUGUACAUUUUGCUCAUUACUAUGAUUGACAGUGCACAUUAACCACGGUACCAUUGGUAACAGUGUGCGAAAGGCUUGAGUUGGUUCAAUACACUUCAGUCCAUCUCAUGUAUCAGAUCACUCAUUACAGACUAACAUUAAAUCCAUCCAUGUUCACAUUCUCAUUCUAUGCUGUAUUUAUUUUAUGCCUUACCGAAAGGAAUAGGUGUAAUUUUUUUUUUUUUGGUUUUUUUUUUUACUACUGUAUUUUAAGUGACAGAAGUAGGCAGACUUGCGUGUGUCAAGGUGAGUUGUGUGAUGAUCUUUUCUUUGCUCUUUUCCUUUCGAGUGUGCAUGUGGUGUGCAAGGGAAGAGUUGAAUGGUUCUCCUCUGUGAGAGCAGUAUUUGGCUGUCUGCCUCUCAUACUUGAAAGGUCUGAGGUCCUUUUGCGACGGUUACAGAAAUCUAAAGGUCUAUAACGUUUGGACUCUUUUAGUUCCCAGAAAACUGAGCCAUAUAUACAUAAAUUGAGUAUCAAUUAAGUGUAUUUUGGUGUAGUAUGUUAUGGAUCAUCUCGUCUCAUUUCUUGUUGCAGUUGAGAUUGUGCAUUGUGUGAGAUUUGUAUUGUGCAAAUGACAAUAAUAAAAUGUCCCCUUUUCCUGAA